AUGGUUGGCGGAACAAGCCAACUUAAAAGCCCAACGCAUAAACUUAAGUUACAACAAACUGCAAAAUUCCAAAAUUCGGGCAAAAUUACUUCGGAGGACUUAGCCGAAGCAAAAAAAGUAACUGUCAAAAGAGUACAAAAGAAAUACUGGUCGAGUUGUUUUGAGGAACCCCACACUGAACAAGCGCAAUAUCUUAUUGACAGAUACGGACUAGUAGAACAAGAAGGUAUCUUAAGAUGUGUAGGACGUAUGGAAAACAUCUCGGGAGCUUGCCAAUCGAACAGCCCGAUUUUACUGCCAUCAGAAGACAGUAUUACUUAUUUAAUUAUUCAGGACAUACAUCAGAGACUGUUUCAUGCCGGAGUACAAUUUACACUCGCAGAACUAAGAAGGAAAUGGUGGAUUCCACAAGGAAGGAGACUAAAAAUUGGGGAGAUAAUAGAAUUAAAAAAGAAUUUUGACGGUGAAAUUGUGAGGAAGUCUAAUAAAAGAGAAACUGAAAAGGCAAUUUGCCAUUUAUAUCCUUUAGAGUUAGAAGAUGAGAGCAAAGAGGAGAAAGAAGAGGAAGAGAAAGGGACUAAAGUCUUAGGAGCUCUAGGAGGCAAAUUAGGUCGGGUGGGUAUUCUUUACAUAGCGCAAAUACUACUAGUACUACUCAUUGCCAGCACCGCGGCGGUAGAUACUAGAUGUAAGCAAAAGGAAAAAUUUUUCUGCGUUACAUCACAGAGUUGUGUUUACUCAGGAACAGUAAUAAAGAAAAAUAAUCAAGGACAGUAUUGUUGGCAGAUCCAAGAAUGUAGCAAAGGACAUCUAGUGGAAGGGACAUGUAAAAAGAAAUGUGAGUGCCCAAAGUGA